AUGAUGCUCCUCAAGCUUGUUAUGAGAGUGGGACCUGUGACGUCAUACGCGGCGGCGCCCGUCGCGCUGGCGGCGCACCCCGGCCCCAUCACCUACACCGCCCACCCGGGCCCCAUAGCCUACCACGGCGCCGCCCCCAUCACGUACACCACGCACGCCGGCGCGCCCCUGGCCUACACGACGCACGCCGGCGCGCCUCUCGCCUACGCCACGCACGUCGCGGCGCCCAUAGCCUACGCCACGCACGCAGCCCCGGCACCCGUCGCCUAUGCCGCCAAGGCUCCUGUCGUUGCGGCUGGAAAGGUUGUAGCAGCUGCGGCGGAGAGCGCAGACUUCGACCCGCACCCGCAGUACAGCUUCUCGUACGACGUGCAGGACGCCAUCACCGGAGACACCAAGUCCCAGCAGGAGACCCGCGACGGUGACGUCGUUCAAGGCGUCUACUCGCUGGUGGAGCCCGACGGCUCCAGGCGCACGGUGGAGUACCAGGCUGACCCGGUGAACGGCUUCAAUGCGGUCGUACACCGCGACACGGGCGCCGUCGCCGUCGCCAAGCCGGUGGUCGGCGUCGGCGUCGGCAAAGUGGUGGCCGCCGCCCCCGCGCUCCAGUACCUCAAGAAGUACUAGGCGUGCCGCCCACGGCACAGCAACGCCUUCUGCGGCAGAGGACUCCGUAGGCUCCGCCAGGUGGUCCGUGGACAUCACACGCUGGGUAUCCUGCGUCCCAGCAGUCUUCAUCCCCCUGGACUGGAGCCUCCGAAGUCGUCGGGAGUUGUCACAGUGUCGAUCGGAACGUAGUCACCUGUGCGCCGCUGUGAUACCAAACGUCGCAGACAGCACGUCUAACGGCUCUGGAUACGGCGAUGGAUACUGAUUUUUCUCUCGUCACAUGCUCAACUGCUCUGCUUUUAUUUAUUUCGUAAUGCGAAGCGCUCUAUGCAUGUAUCUACCCCUUUUGUAAAUAAAUUUCAUGCUUCAAGAUUCGAA